AUGUCGCUCACCAUCAAGAAGAUCCCGACGGUGCUCAGCAUCCACCAGAUGGACGAGGAGGAGGACCCGAAGUUCGCCGGAGCCGUGCGAAGGUGUUGCCGCGCGGGCAAGAAGCUGCCCACGCUCACCUUCGCGCCCGAGAGCGCUAGGGACUCGCGCCUCAUGAAGAAGGUUCGAUCCUUCGGGUCGUUCGACGACCUUCGCGUGCCGGACAUCGACGGGUACUCCAACGAGGAGACCGGGUCGUACAACUCCGACAGCGACUCGUUCUCGGGCGGCGGCUACGUGCAGGACGUGUCGCCGUUUGACAGGAUCUUGCUCGCCGCGUGGGAAGAUCGGUUCGCCGCGGGUCUCUUUCGUUACGACGUCACCGCGUGCAAGACCAAGGUGGUGCCCGGCGGUUACGGCUUCGUCGCGCAGUUCAACGAGGGCAGGGCGACGAAGAAGAGGCCGACGGAGUUUGCGGUGGACGAAGUCGUGCAGGCGUUUGACGGCGGCAAGUUCAACUUUACCAAGGCUGACAAGGCGGAGAUCUUAUUCGCGUUUGAGCGGGGCGAUCGCGCGAUGAAGAGCAGCGCGUACAACUCGGCGAAGACGAUCGAGUCGUCGCCGAACGUGAUGCUCAUAAACGUCUCGCCCAUCGAGUACGGCCACGUGCUGCUGUGCCCGAGGGUGACGGACUGCUUGCCCCAGCGGAUAUCCCCCGAGCUGUUGCUGCCGCCGCUCUACAUGGCGGCGGAGAGCCGGAAUCCCUACUUUAGGGUUGGGUACAACUCGUUGGGAGCGUACGCCACCAUCAACCACCUGCACUUCCAGGCGUACUACCUCAUGGAAGCCUUCCCCAUCGAGCGAGCGCAGACGACGCGGUUGCCCCAACGCGUGUACAAGAAGCGUCACAGGCACGGCGUCGCGGUCAACCAGGUCACGGGGUACCCGGUUCGAUGCCUCUGCUUCGAGCGAAAGGACGCGACGUUCGAGGCGCUCGCGGAUCUUCUCGGUAACGCGUGCGAGCGUCUGCAGGAGCGCAACAUCCCGUUCAACCUCCUCAUCGCGGAUCACGGCGCGCGGGUGUUUCUCAUCCCGCAGGUUUUCUCGCAUCGCGUCGCGAAAGGGGAGAUUCCCGAAGACGUCGCCGCCACCGGAGUCAACCCGGCGGUGUUUGAAAUCUCCGGUCACCUGCUGUACAAGCAGCAGGACGACUACGACGCGUGCACGCAGGACGCCGCGUUCAAGAUGCUGGCGUGCGCGUCGCUCGGCGAGGAGGAAUUUUACGAGACGUGCUCGCACAUCCUCGCCGAGACGGAAUCCGCGAAGGGGCUUUCAGACGCAAUGCACGCGGCGGUGCCCGAGCACACAAACGCGGUGGUGCCCGAUUCAAAUGCGACGACGGAGGCGAUCGAGAUUGCCGCUCGCAAGCACAGGGAUACCGCCGACGCGGAUCCGGGUUCCCCCACGAGUCCGCCGCUGCUCUCCGAUGGCGACAGCGCGGAUGGGGUGGUGCCCGGUCACUGACAGUUGUGAUAUAAUCGAUUUUUUUGGGAGGGAAGGGGGGGAAAUUCCGUGUAGGGGAUACAGUAGAGAAGAGUUGCCGGCCGCAGUUGGCGCGUGGAUUCGCCGCGGCCGUAGAUUUCAGGGGGACAUGCGCGAGAUACCCACCAAGGGCACACGCGUCGAAAGCCGACCCUUCGCCGAUAUGAUUUGUACUAAUAAUUAUACGAUGAGAGGAAUUGAGG